GCGGGCGCGCAGCCGCAGAGCGGUGCCGGGGCCGGGCCGGGGCAGGAGCAGCGAUGGCCGCGAUCUCGCUGGAGACCGUCCCCAAGGACCUGCGGCACCUCCGCGCCUGCCUGCUCUGCUCGCUGGUCAAGACCAUCGACCAGUUCGAGUAUGACGGCUGCGACAACUGUGAGACCUACCUGCAGAUGAAGGGCAACCGCGAGAUGGUCUAUGACUGCACCAGCUCCUCCUUCGACGGGAUCAUCGCCAUGAUGAGCCCCGAGGACAGCUGGGUCUCCAAGUGGCAGAGGAUCAGUACCUUCAAGCCAGGUGUCUACGCAGUGUCCGUGACUGGCCGCCUGCCCCAAGGGAUCGUCCGAGAGCUGAAGAGCCGUGGUGUGGCCUACAAAUCCCGGGACACAGCCAUAAAAACCUAAAGGGCUCUUGUGCUGCCUGGAGGAUCCUGGUGCUCCAAAUCCUCUUAGUUUUACCCUGCAGGGAAGCGAGGCUGGACUCGGGGUGUGCUGGCUCAGCUCCCCUCCCUCGGUACCUCCGGACUCCGCCGCCCCACGCUCUGCCCACACAGACCAGAGACCUUUAUUUGAGCCUUGACAGGGGGGAGGGUGUGAGUAGGGCUGGGGGAGGGUCUUUAAUCGUGAUGCACAAGUUUUUUAAAGUUGGUGUGGGAAAGAGGGAAUUUGGGAUCUAGCUGUGUAAAUAGUUAAUAAAUCCCACUGCCUGGCCAGGGCUGGGUCCAGCUGUU